GCGCGCCGGCCAGGCGGCAGAGCAGAUCGAGUUCCCGGGUGCCGGCGGCGCGGGCGCCAUGUCGUCCCUCAGCCGCGAGCUCGUCUUCCUCAUCCUCCAGUUCCUCGACGAGGAGAAGUUCAAGGAGACCGUGCACAAGCUUGAACAAGAGUCAGGGUUCUACUUCAACAUCAAGUACUUCGAGGAGAAGGUCCUUGCUGGGGAGUGGGAUGAGGUGGAGAGGUACCUCUCAGGUUUCACCAAGGUGGACGACAAUAGGUAUUCCAUGAAGAUCUUCUUCGAGAUCAGGAAGCAGAAGUAUCUCGAAGCGCUUGACAAGCAUGAUAGAGCAAAGGCGGUCGAUAUUCUUGUCAAGGAUCUUAAAGUCUUCUCGACAUUCAAUGAGGAGUUGUUUAAAGAGAUAACACAGCUUCUAACUCUUGAGAAUUUUAGGGAAAAUGAACAAUUAUCCAAGUAUGGGGAUACCAAAUCUGCUCGCAGUAUCAUGCUGAUUGAGCUAAAAAAACUAAUUGAAGCAAAUCCCCUUUUCCGCGAGAAACUUGUCUUUCCAACUCUCAAGGCGUCACGAUUGCGGACUUUAAUUAACCAAAGCUUGAACUGGCAGCAUCAACUUUGUAAGAACCCUCGGCCAAAUCCAGAUAUCAAGACUUUAUUCACUGAUCAUACUUGCUCUCCUCCAAAUGGAGCACGUACAUCACCUGUGUCUGUACCGUUGGCAGCUGUUCCAAAGGCUGGUGCCGCAUACCCACCACUCGUGGGCCAUCCUCCAUUUCAGCCUCCUCCUGCUGGUCCAUCUUUAGCUGGUUGGAUGACAAAUGCUGCUGUUUCAUCAUCUAUUCAGUCUGCUGGUGUCGCCGCAUCAUCAAUGCCUGUUCCACCAAAUCAAGCUGUCUCCAUGAUGAAACGCCCAACUAUAACAGACUAUCAAAGUGCAGAAUCCGAGCAGCUAAUGAAGCGAUUGAGGCCCAGUGGACAUGGUAUUGAUGAGGCCACAUAUCCUGCGCCUAUUCCUCAACCUUCGUGGUCAUUGGAUGAUCUUCCCAAGACAGUGGCUUGUACAUUAUCACAGGGAUCUAAUGUAACUAGCAUGGACUUCCAUCCUUCUCGUCAUACACUACUACUAGUUGGAUCUGCUAAUGGUGAAAUUACGCUUUGGGAGAUUGGUCUGCGUGAGAGGCUGGUCUCGAAGCCCUUCAAAAUUUGGGACAUGCAAGCGUGUUCACCACAAUUUCAGAGUGCCGUGGCUAAAGACUCUUCCAUGUCCAUUAACCGAGUUACAUGGAGCCCUGAUGGAGACUUGAUGGGAGUUGCAUUCACAAAACAUUUGAUCCAUCUGCAUGCAUAUCAGCAGCCAAAUGAAACACGCCAAGUUCUAGAGAUUGAGGCUCAUUCUGGAGGAGUUAAUGACAUAGCAUUCUCCCGCCCAAACAAACAACUUUGUGUUGUUACUUGUGGAGAUGACAAGCUGAUAAAGGUCUGGGAUAUGCAUGGUCAGAAAAUAUUUUCGUUUGAAGGGCAUGACGCACCUGUAUAUUCUAUCUGCCCUCACCACAAAGAGACUAUUCAGUUUAUCUUUUCAACUUCCCUGGACGGGAAAAUUAAGGCGUGGCUUUAUGAUAAUAUGGGAUCUAGGGUGGACUAUGAAGCUCCAGGAAAAUGGUGUACUACAAUGCUUUAUAGUGCCGAUGGAACUAGGUUGUUUUCAUGCGGAACAAGCAAAGACGGAGACUCACAUUUGGUUGAGUGGAACGAAAGUGAAGGAUCUAUCAAGAGGACAUAUUCUGGAUUCCGUAAGAAGCCAUCUGGUGUAGUGCAGGGUGUUGUGCAAUUUGAUACAGCUCAGAAUCACAUUUUAGCUGUUGGUGAAGAUAACCAAAUUAAAUUUUGGGAUGUUGAUAACACCAACAUGCUUACCUGCAUUGAAGCUGACGGAGGCUUGCCAGGCUUUCCGCGGUUGAGGUUCAAUAAAGAAGGGAAUCUGCUUGCUGUUACUACUGUAGACAAUGGCUUUAAGAUACUUGCAAAUUCUGAUGGGCUCAGAUCUUUACGGGCUUUUGGAAACCGACCUUUCGAAGCAUUUAGAUCGCCAUAUGAAGCUUCUGCUAUGAAGGUCUCAGGUGCUCCUGUUGUUGCGGGCAUCUCCCCUAACAUUGGCCGAAUGGAUCACUUAGACAGAAACUCUCCUGCAAAGCCAUCUCCUAUGCUGAAUGGUGGGGAUCCGGCAUCUAGAAGCAUAGAUAUAAAGCCAAGAAUUUCAGAAGAAAAGCCUGAUAAAGCAAAACCUUGGGAGCUGAUGGAAGUUCUAAAUCCCCAGCAGUUCCGUGUUGCCACAAUGCCAGAAACUCCAGACCAAGCCACCAAGGUUGUCAGACUUCUGUACACAAAUUCUGGUGUCGGUUUGUUAGCACUAGGGUCUAAUGCUAUUCAAAGACUCUGGAAAUGGAAUCGCAAUGAGCAGAAUCCAAGCGGCAAGGCCACAGCCAGUGUUGUGCCACAACAUUGGCAACCAAACAGUGGUCUUGUCAUGGCAAAUGAUACCGGGGAAGCAAAUCCUGAGGAGUCAGUCCCAUGCAUUGCACUCUCCAAGAAUGAUUCUUAUGUGAUGUCUGCAUGUGGUGGAAAGGUCUCAUUGUUUAACAUGAUGACAUUUAAGGUGAUGACAACAUUCAUGCCACCUCCACCAGCAUCCACCUUUUUAGCAUUUCACCCUCAAGACAAUAACAUCAUAGCAAUCGGAAUGGAAGAUUCAACCAUCCACAUAUACAAUGUCAGGGUAGAUGAGGUCAAAACUAGACUCAAAGGACAUCAAAAGAGGAUAACCGGACUGGCCUUCUCCAACAGCCUGCAUAUACUUGUUUCUUCAGGAGCCGAUGCACAGUUAUGUGUGUGGGCCAACGAUACUUGGGAAAAGAAAAAAACGGUCGCUAUACAAAUGCCAGCUGGGAAGACUCCGUCAGGAGACACAAGGGUCCAGUUUAAUUCUGAUCAAAGUCGCUUGUUAGUAGUCCAUGAGACUCAGUUAGCUAUAUAUGACGCAUCCAAAAUGGAGAGAAUCUAUCAGUGGAUACCGCAGGGAACUUUGUCAGCUCCGAUAUCACAUGCAUCGUACUCGUGCAAUAGCCAACUGGUUUUUGCUGCUUUUACUGAUGGUAAUGUUGCCGUUUUUGACGUGGACAACUUGAGAUUACGAUGCCGAAUUGCAUCAUCUGCAUACAUGUCUUCGACUGCCAUAAACAGCAAUCCGGCCAUUUAUCCUUAUGUUGUCGCCGCACAUCCCCAAGAACCAAAUCAAUUCGCAGUUGGCCUGUCAGAUGGAUCUGUUAAAGUGAUGGAGCCCUUGGAGUCCGAAGGGAAGUGGGGGACACCUGCUCCUGUGGAGAAUGGGGUGGCCAAUGGCAGGACGUCAGCGUCAUCAGCUACCAGCAACCAGGCCACGGAUCAAAACCAAAGAUAGAUGCAUGUCGUCCUCUGUAUAAUCUUCAGAUCUCUACAUUGACUUGUUUGUAUGUUUGUGUCAGCUAGGUCAUGGUUGCAGUUCUUGGAAAGCAAACAGAAAAGAGUGUUAAGACCAGGGGUGUGUCUCUGUGCUGUAGCUUGUCAGUUAAUUACCCUAGCUAUGAGAGAUGAUCUUGUAAUUGGGAUAGUCUAUAAGAUGGGCGCCUUAGGUUUUCGGCAGUUUAACCGGGAUAGUCGGAUGCUGUUCUUGUCUUCUCCGUGCAUGUAAAUCGUUACAUAGUCUUUCGAGCUUA